UUUUUUUUUUCUCUCUCUCUCCUCAUAAAUAAAUAUAAAAAUGGAAUCUGGUCAGUCCGUCAUGCAAAUUAACAAGUUUGCUUCGCAAGCUUUAACUACUCGUAAUGGAGGUAAUAUUCACGCUAGUGGACCACCCGAGUUCACUCGACGAAAGAACUGGUCACAAAACGUCUUGGAAGAACUACGUGAUGUCAUUCAUGUCUUGUCAAGUGAUCUCAAUGUACUUUACUGUUCUCCUGCCUCACGUGAGUUCCUUGGUUACCAACCUGCUGAAUUAAUGGGUCAUAGCUUUACAGAAUACAUCCAUGUGGAUGAUAUUGAUAUCUUUACCCGUGAAUUUCGUACAGCUCAAACGAACGGUUCGAUCAUGCGAGUCACGUAUCGCCUCUUGAGAAAGGAUGGUAAAUACACGACACUCGAAACCCGUGGUCACUUCUUUAAACAAGGAUUCUUUGGUUCUGCUCGUAGUGUACCUGCAGAAAUGACACGAAUGAUGGAUACUUUUUUGGAUUACAAGAUGGAGAAUGAAAUGUUGAAACGACAAGUACAGAUGGCUAAACAAAAGGCCAAUAGUGGUAAGGCUCAAUUGACCCAACAGGAGCCUUCACCCCAAACCAGUCAUCAACAUACACCCAGUACGAUGCGUGAUGAUCUUUCUGCUACCCAUAAUAAUGAAGGCGACUUUGGAGAUGAAGAAGAAUAUGAAGAUGAUAUUGAAGAAUUGUUUGCUCCCUCUGCUAGUGUCUAUGCUCAAGGUGUAUUGAACUCUUAUGGUGUGUCUGAGUCCGUUUCACUUUUCACUGGUUUACACUUUGAUUUGGGUGAACGUUCUCGUGGUAUCUCGAUGGGUAUCGAAGGAGAAUUGUUCAAUACUUUAGUUCCUCCUGCUAUUGGUGAAGAAGGGGGUGCACAAAAUGAAACCUUGGAUAAGUUAAAGUCUGGCAAAAAGAGAAGAGGAGAUGAUGACCAUGAACGUAUCUGUACAGAUUGUGGUCGCACAGACGCUCCUGAAUGGCGAAGAGGUCCUCGAGGACCUAAAACGUAACGUAUUUUUCUUGUUUUUUUUUUGUUUUUUUUUUUAACCUUUUCUUGCUUUUUUUUUUCUUUACAGCUUAUGCAAUGCAUGUGGAUUAAGAUGGGCAAAAACCAACAAAUCUCAAGGAGGUGAACAACCUGAUAUGCAAGACUAAAAAUAUAUAUUUUUGAAAAUAAUAAAAAAAAAAAGUUUAUUUUGCAACAAAACAUAAGUGAUUUUUUUUUUUAAUCCUUCUUGCCAAUAACCAUC